CGUAUCCUCACUUCCUUCCUUCCCAACAGCACCGCGAGUUUGUCACGAUGAGCGUAAAUUCUGUCGUUCUCUCUCUAACUUUGGAAAAUUGUAUAAAAAUUUCCAAAUGGAAAGUAAAAGAGGGUACAAUCGUGUCCAUUGGACGCAUUAUACUUCUGUACGACCCAAGUCCUGGCAAUGGAAAGCCCGAAAUACAAAAGUUAAAGGCAACUGCAGUCGGUACUGUGCGCAAGCUGCUAGUGAAGGAGGGAGAUGUUGUUCAACCAGGACACCCUCUCCUGGAGCUAGAAAAAUGCACACACCCAACUGUUAUGAAGGAUAUGUGUGCUGAGUGUGGGGCUGACCUACGCAAUGAAGAAAGCUGUAAUGAUGAUAAUGUUGCCUCUAUCCCAAUGAUCCAUAGUAUUCCAGAGCUGAAAGUCAAUGCAGAACAAGCACAAAUUUUGGGUAAGGCUGAUGAAGAGCGUCUCUUGGCUACUAAAAAACUGGUACUUUUGGUUGAUUUGGAUCAAACUCUAAUUCACACAACUAAUGACAACAUACCACCAAAUCUAAAGGAUGUAUACCACUUUAGAUUACAUGGAAGUAUGUCCCCCUGGCAUCAUACUCGUCUUCGACCUGGUACCCAAAACUUUUUGAAAGAGAUGAGCAAAUAUUAUGAACUGCAUAUUUGUACCUUUGGCUCUAGAAUGUAUGCACACAAGAUUGCAAUGUUCUUAGACCCAGAUGGACAAUACUUUUCGCAUCGUAUUUUAUCUAGAGAUGAAUGUGUCAGUGCUAACUCAAAAACAGCAAACUUAAAAGCCUUAUUUCCUUGUGGGGAUGAGAUGGUAUGUAUCAUUGAUGAUCGUGAAGAUGUCUGGAAUUUUGCCCCAAAUUUAAUCCAUGUCAAGCCUUAUCACUUUUUCCAACAUACUGGUGAUAUUAAUGCUCCUCCCGGUUUAUCAAAACAAGAAAAUGAUGACAAGGGUGCAUAUGAUUUUAGUUGUCUUGGGGAUGGAAAGAAGGGUAAGGACAUAUUCCGUCCUAAUCUUGUAGAUGAACCUGGUCAGAUAUCCCAGUGUGACGCAAUUGAUCUAGUGAAAAAGAAUAGUGAUGAAACAUCUUCAGAGGAAAAACAACCUGAGAGUGGAGAAAGCUGUAAACAAUCUGAAAAACUCACUGAAGAAGAAUCAUGUCAACCCAAAGUAGAUCAACCUCAGUGUACCAGUGGAAAUUCCCCUGAUCAACAAGAAAACAGCGAACAAAUCCUUGAAGAAGGGAAAAAGGAAGAUAGCACUUGUAAAACAAAGGAGAAUGUUGAUGUUGACAAACUUCCUGAAGACAGUAAAGAUGCAGGUGCUACUAAAAAAUUGGAAAUUCAGACAUCUGGUGCCAAUACUAAAACAGCUGGAAAUAAUGAAGUUCAGCAGGAUGGGGAUAUUAAAUCUACUGAAGGAGGAUCCAAUGAAAGUGAUAAUCAAACCGAAGCCCAGGCUGUCAACCCUGGAUUGCAGUAUAAGGAAGAGAAAUCUUUAAACUGCAGUAAAAGUGUUCUGGAUUGUAAUCAAGAAACCUCUGAAAAAGAAAUUAGUAAGCCUUGUAAUGAUGAAAUUGAAGUGCCUGAUCACGAUGAUUAUCUCCUUUACCUGGAAGAAAUAUUGAAAAGAAUACACAAAGAGUUUUAUGACAGAAUGGAUGCCGGUAGGCGACCAGAUAUGAAGAACAUCAUCCCUUCUGUUCGUAGAAGAGUUCUGAAGGGUACAAAUUUGGUAUUCAGUGGCUUAGUUCCAAACAAUAUACCUUUGGAAAAGAGUAGAGCUUUUCAAGUUGCCGUCUCCUUGGGCGCUAACAUAACGCAAGAUUUAAAAAAGAACACCACUCAUUUAGUGGCGGUACGACCAGGCACUGCAAAGGUGAAUUCAGCACGGCGUAUGAAAAAUGUCUUUAUGGUCACAGCAGACUGGUUAUGGGUCAGUGCUGAAAGGUGGGAACGUGUUGAUGAGAAGGUUUUUCCUUUAAGCCGAAACCGAGCAGGAACUAGGCAUCCUCCACCUCAUUGUGGGAGCCCUGAACACACUUCAGGGGCCAGGGAAACUACCUCUGAACCAUCAACAAGCUCUGGCAGAAGCAGAACAGCAAGUGGCAGAUUUAUGGAUACCAUAAAUCCUUUGCUAUUUGUGUCUUUCUCAUCAGAUGAAAUUGCUAAAAUGGGAAAAGAGGUUGAUGACCUCUCAGAUGAUUCUGAAAGUGAUGGAGAAGAGGAAGAGAAAAGUGAAAUGAUUAAAGCUGCACCUGUUCCUGAGAUGGAAUUAGAGAGUGAGGGAGACAGUCAACCUCCUGAGUUGCCACCUGCCAGGAAGAAACUUGAGGAUGAUUCUGAUUCUAGUAGUUCUUCUGCAGAUUCUCUUUCAGGUGAACAUCCUCAUGGUUGGGGCAAACAUGACUUAAAGAGGAAGCGCCAAGAAUAUAAAUCAGGGACUGGAACUCCUACUGAAUCUGAUGGCGAUGAGGAGGGUGAAGAUAUGCCAAGUACUAAAUUUAGGAGAGGAGAAGCCCUUCCGAGUGAUCUUGAUCUUGGUGAAAAUGGGUCUGAAAGUCCUGGGUCCGAAGACCCACCUGAUCCUGAUGAGAUGGACGAUGGAGAUUGGAACAUGAUGGGUGCAGCAUUAGAGAGAGAAUUCUUGUCCUGAGUCAUAUUUAUAAGCUUGUUACCCAAGUUACCAUCGUAGUCAAAGUGCUGCCUUGAUAACUAUAAAAUUUCAGAACAGUUAUGGAGAUCUUUUCUUACAAUUGAAUUUCAAUUUGGUUGUGAACUUUUCUGCUCAUGGUUUUGAAUACUGUUAGCAUUGGGCCAAAAGCAACCCAUUUGCUUUGCUGAUAUACCAAAGAAUCUUUGCACAUGUUCUGUGUGAAUAUUCAUCUGUUGCUUCCUGUAUACAUUUUGGAAUGAGAUGGGAAAUAUCAGUCCUAUAAAGAUUCAAUUUGAUAUGCAGGAUUUAAUUCUAUUCAUGAAUGACUGAUAUUGUACUGUAACUUGUCACAUAGCAUGUAGGAUGAUGAAAGAUUUCCUUUGUGGAUCUUAUAGGGAACAUGUUUAGGGAGUAUGACUGCUGUUCUUGAGAACAAAUGCUCUAAACAACCUUUCUCUAUUCUUGCAAAGGCCAUGGACCUACCUGCAUGGAUGAAUCUUCAUGACUGUGAUUUUAAUUGUUAUACCAACUUUUGCAAUGCUUAGUCAUGUGGUGUUUGUAAUCAUUGUUUACGAAGACAAUCUUCUGUACACAAAUUUUGUGCUAUGGAAUUGAAAUUUCUUUCUCUGUUUUCCAGUAUGUUUUUUUUUUAAGUACCCUAACUAUAGCAAUUUUUAAAAACAAUUCCGGUGUUUAUAAAUGGGAGGUUUUAUCCAUUUUUACUUGUCACUUGAAGAGAAAAGGAUGAAUGCAAUUUUUCUCUUUGUUAGUUUUAUUCUAGAUUCUGUUCUUGUUGUUUAUUAUAGCACUGCUUUGAGCAUUACUAGUUUAUAUGGUCUAUACUUGGUCUAGCCAUUGGAUUUGAAGAAACUUUUUUGUGAGAUUUCAUCUAUGAGUGAAUGUUUGUUGUUACACAUUUGAUGAAUUGACUUGAGCCCAGUUUUCAGUUUUAACCAGUGAUACCUAUUGUACAAACAUAGAAUGUAGAAUGGAAUGCAGUAUUAUAACUUUCAAAAUCAAGCAUAAAAUCUGAGCAUUCAUAUUAUGUUGCAUGUUUGUAAAUUUUUACAAUGCAACUGAUUUGCUUGUAGUCCUUGUUUUGACAAGUGUGGAAUAUUGCACAAAAUCAUGUGUUAAAUUUCCAUGGAAUUUUGGUUGAUCAGUAAGCAAUAAUAAAAAGUUGCCAAUGUGUGGGCACUGGCUGCACUGUUAAUCUCCUUUACUUAAACCUUAAUUGUAAAUUUAGACUCACCUCUAAGCAGAGGCAGCUCACCUCAGGUUUUGAGGACUGAUUGGUUUGCUAAGCUGUGCUAGCCAGUCAGAGCAUGAGUUGAGGUGAGGGGCCUCCAAUUAUGAGACUUAAUCCACCAGCUUUGUUACCUUUCAUACUUCUGUUAUCAAAAGACUAGUCAAGAACUAUCUUUCUUCUUAGCAACUAGUUCAAUUAUCGGUAUGAUGUAGCUUUGAAUUGUAAAGCUGUCAUUUUUUUUGAUUUUUUUUUUUUUUUUGUAUUCUUUCAAUUAUCUUUUUUAAAUUGUGUUGUUUGUUUUUUUUGGACAAAACUAAAUUAGCUUUUUUAGGUGCCAUUACUGAAUGUACUUGAAUUACGACAGCAUUUAAGAGUGCAUUUCAUUGUCAGCAUUUGUUGCACAAGGUGCAAAUGCUCAAACUGUGGAAAAAGUCACACCUUGUGAUGGUUAUUUUGGGGCCUGAGUGUGAUGUGAAAAAUGAAUUAUCUUCACAUGCCCUAAGUUAUAGUACUUCUCCAAAAAACAAAGUAAGAACUUAACUACCAGCAGUCUUUUUAGAAAGAAAAAAUUAUAUAAUUUUAAAGGCAAUUUCUAUUUGUUAUUACUUUGGCCAUAGCCAUAGCAGUUAUUGAUAACUAUCAAUAUUCCUGAGCAAAAACUUUAUUUUUAGAUUUUUUUGGGGUGUAAUAUGAUGAAGAUAAGAAGUACAAAUCUGUUUGCAUGUUAAAUCCUGGAUUGUUGAAGUUCUGUUAAUGUGUAAAUAUAUAAGUCACUUCAGCUGGCUGAACAAUUUUAACUUGGUUGACUGGUAAAAUUGAACCCUAAGAUAAUUUCCUCUGUAAACCACGUUAUUUUAUUUUUGAGUCUAUGGUUAUCAAUCCAAUCUAUAUUUACACAUCAGUAUCAAAAUAUUUGUUCAAAUUUCAAGCCUAAACUGAACCUACAGGUUCUCUGUGAUCCAAAUGAAGACAAAUUACACUGCAUAUUUCUGGUC